GAGCCGUACACCAUCGCCGAGUCGGAGCGCGCCGCCGGCUUCGGUAACUUCGAAUUCGCCCAGAAGCGCAAGAUCGAGACGCAACCGACCAAGGAGGAGUUCGCCGAGAGCAAGCGAAUGAAGGUCGAUCCGGAGGAGCAAUGACACGUUAUCUUCAAAUCGUAACCCGUAGAUUAUCAUCAGCCUUGUAUGUGACCGCCGAUAAAGCGCAGGAUCACUUUGUGCUACUCACCCCGUACAUCAAUUUCGAUGAACAAUUGGAGAACAAGCCGAAAUUGGAACGCAGCAUCAAGCUGAGAGGCAUUAAUGUCGACUUGGAGAGAAUCGAGAGGCGUUGGCUGUUCUUUCGAUACCUGGACGAGCAAAGGCUUACCUUGGAGCUGACCAAAGGCGAAAUCGGCAAAGAAAUCGCAGAUCUGCUCAAAAGGGGGGACAAUGUCGAAAAUCUGAAAUUGCAGGCGAAGCUCAUAAAGGACGACCUGAAGAUGCUAAAGAACUACUUGUACGGCGUCGAAGAAUCUGCAGCGCUCGCCGUUCUAUCGUUACCAAACAGUUUGCAUCCGAACACCCCAGAUGACACCGAACGCCUACUCUUCGAGUAUUUGCCCACGUCUCAGCGAUCCUCGCGAAGUCACAUGGAAAUUGGUGGCAGCUUAAUCAAGUUUAUUAAUCCGUACUUGUACUAUUUGCGUGGUGACGCUGCACUAUUCGAAUAUUUGCUAACGAGCUAUAUGUCGAGCACCCUCGCAUCCUUCACGAGGAUUUCAAACUCCGACUUUUGUCGGAGCGUAAUAGUCGAAGGUUGUGCAACCGAUUUUCGAGAUAAAAGCGUAUUCACCCUCGAAAAGUGUACAGGUGACGUCGAAUUUACGCGAACUCACUUAGUAGGCGGCGCCAGUUUGUACGCGUUCAUGACUUAUUUCACCAAGCACCUCGUCACGGAAAAAAGGCUACCUCUAAGAUUGUUCACUACGGCUCGAUCGUAUAACCCCAACACGGUUCGUGACGACGGCUUAUUCAGUGUGAAUCAAGAAACGAGCCUCGAAUUUUUCUUGGCUUUGAAGGAUGAUGAGCAAGAAAUGGAAGAGGAGUUCAACAAAGUUGUUUCGUUGCUCAUUACGUCGUACAAGGCGUUGGGCUACCAUUUUCGUUUGGUCUACAUUCCAGCACAAAAGUUAAAAAAUCAUGAAUGUUUACGUGUUUCGAUUGAGAUGUUUUCUAGUUUUACACAGACAUAUAAAGAAGUCGGUCAUUGUUCGAUUAUUGAUAGUUUUUUAAGUAAAAGGCUGUUGUUCACGUAUGAUAUAAAUAAGGAGAGGAAGUUUGUAAGAAUUAUUUCUGGUACUUUAUUAAAGGUGCCGCCGUUAUUGGCUUGUGUGUUAGAAAAUAACGGUCGGACCGAUAAUUUGUUAACUGAUUUUUUACGAAAAUACGUUUAAUAAAAUAAAAGUAAAAAAGCAA